GGCAUGCAGGGCCCCAGACUAGGACAAGAGGAGGCAAAAACAGACUUCUCCAUGAUACUGUCUUCUGAAAGGCUUGUUGCUGAACUGAGAGGCCUUCAUGCUUGAGGACUGUGCUGUGAGACAGGAGGAAAGAAGGAAAAGAGAGGAGAAGGAGGAGGAGGAACCAGGGAAGAAGAGAGGAGGAGGAGGGCGAGGGUGCUAUAUUUUUGGAUGAGGGAUCUCGUGAAUUAAGGACUGGUGGAAUAAAGAUGUAGUGUGAGCAAGAGGCAGAACAAGGAUCUCGCUGUAGUCCUGCAGCAGAGAGGAGUGGAUCCGGACAACACGCACACACCCUGCAAGGCUGACUCCGCCAGGGCAGAGGGAGCCCACCGUCACCGCCACAGGGCUGAGAAGAUGCCCUCUCGCUGUGGCACAGCGGUGCGGAUCUUCAUCACCACUCUAUUUGCAGCCGUGGUGCUCUUUGCCAUCCUGCUUGCAUAUGUGACCGGCUACCAAUUCAUCCACACUGAGCAGCACCACCUCUCCUUCGGCCUGUACGGUGCCAUCCUGUCACUGCAUCUGCUGCUGCAAAGCCUCUUCGCCUUCCUAGAGCACCGGCGCAUGCGAGGGCCCUCGCGGCCAUGUCACCUGCGUCGCACUGUGGCCCUCUGUAUCGCUGCCUACCAAGAGGACCCAGACUACCUGCGCAAGUGUCUGCGCAGCGUGCGUCGCCUCUCCUUCCCUGGACUCAAGGUCGUGCUGGUGGUGGAUGGGAACCGGCCAGAGGACGCUUACAUGAUGGACAUCUUCCGGGAGGUGAUGGGGGGAGCAGAGCAUGCUGGCUGCAUGGUGUGGAAGGGCAACUACCACAGCGACGGGGCCAGGGGUGUGGGGACGGGCUCAGUGAAUGCGGAAGAGGCUGCACGGGUGGCCAGGAUGGUGCGCAGCUGCCAGUACUCCUGCAUAAUGCAAGAGUGGGGUGGGAAGAGGGAGGUGAUGUAUACAGCUUUCAAAGCACUGGGGAACUCAGUGGAUUAUAUGCAGGUAUGUGAUUCAGACACAGUUCUGGAUCCAGCAUGCACCAUUGAGAUGCUGAAGGUUCUGGAGGAGGACCCAGAGGUGGGUGGAGUGGGAGGAGAUGUACAGAUCCUGAACAAGUAUGACUCCUGGAUAUCUUUCCUGAGCAGUGUACGGUACUGGAUGGCUUUCAACGUGGAGCGUGCCUGUCAGUCCUACUUUGGCUGUGUUCAGUGCAUCAGCGGACCCCUGGGCAUGUACCGCAACUCCCUCCUCCAGCAGUUCCUGGAGCCAUGGUACCACCAGACCUUCCUGGGCAGCAAGUGCAGCUUUGGUGACGACCGCCACCUUACCAACCGGGUGCUCAGUUUUGGCUACAAGACAAAGUUUACUGCACGCUCACUGUGCCAGACUGAGACUCCUACUCAGUAUCUCCGCUGGCUUAACCAGCAGACUCGGUGGAGCAAGUCUUACUUCCGAGAGUGGCUCUACAAUGCUCUUUGGUUCCACAAGCACAGCCUUUGGAUGACCUAUGAGUCUGUGGUCACAGGCUUUUUCCCUUUCUUCCUGGUGGCUACAGUGAUCCACUUGUUCUACCGAGGCCGGCUGUGGAACAUUCUGUUAUUCCUGCUAACGGUGCAGCUGGUGGGAAUGGUAAAGGCUACCUAUGCCUGCUUCCUGAGGGGCAGCCUGGUCAUGAUCUUCAUGUCCCUCUAUUCUCUGCUCUACAUGUCCAGCCUCCUGCCAGCCAAGAUCUUUGCCCUGUUGACAAUUAAUAAAGCAGGUUGGGGCACAUCUGGGAGGAAAAAAAUUGUGGUAAACUUAAUUGGGGCUGUGCCUGUGACUGUAUGGGCACUUAUCCUGCUUGGGGGAGUGGCUUACACCAUUUACUGUGAGACACAAGAGCCCUUCAGUGAGACUGAAAAGGUCCUGCUCAUUGCUGGGACCAUCCUCUAUGCCUGCUACUGGCUCAUACUUCUGGUGCUCUACUUGGCCAUAGUGGCAAAGCGCUGUAAUAAGAGGGAGGAACAGUAUCAUCUGCCCUAUGCUGAGGCCUAGCAUGUUCUUCUCCAACAUUACUUCAAUGGUGCUGCCAGAUAAAUUAUUUGGGAUUGAUUUGAAACUGCCCUCUCCUUCACUGGUGCUACAUGUUAUUUGUGACACGUAGGUCCACUCGUGUACUGCAAGACUGUUGAAGGUAUUCUGCACCAGCAGUCAUUUAUUGAAGGCCCAGAAGAAGGUAAUUUACCAUCAGAGCAGAACUGUGCUUCUCAAAUUUGAAGCACACAUCAGAGGAAAUGUCCAAGUAAUAUCCUGAGUACAGUUUAU